GGGGCCGAGCCGACACGGUGGGGCCGCGCCGCGGGUGGGUUUCCCCCGGUACCCCCAUCCAUCCAUCCCUGCAUCCCCGCAUCUCCGCCCGGGAUCCCCCACACCCCCGGGGUCACCGUCCCCACCCGCCCCGCUGCCUCUCUGUCCCCUCCCUGUCCCCUCCCUGCCCUCGGGGGUGCCCCUGGUCCCUCUCCGCGGGGUGUGGGUGCCAUUCCCCCGGGCUGAGCCUCCCCAGCGCAACUUGCCUGCGGGAGGCUCUGCUUUUUAUCCUUUUUAUUAUUUUUAGCAUUAAUUAUAAUAUCCAAUUUUACUAUUCAUUUUUACCCCCUCCUGGCCCCGCCCGGGGAGCGCGGGAUGGGGCUCGGGGGGCAGCCCCCGCUCGGUGUCCCCGGAGAGCGCUGCCCGUGGUAGGUGUCCCCGGGGCUGUCCCCGCCAGGGACAGGGCACCAUGGGGCAGGGACCCGCGGGGCUGCCCGGGGCGCUCAGCCUGCCCGGGGCGCUGCCAGCCGGGGCCCCGCUGCUGCUGGACGCGGGGCACACGGUCCCUCCCGCGGGGAAUGCUCUGAGCCACGCACGGAGCCUGGAUUGCUGGGAGGUUCGGGAGCACAACAGCUCCGAGUGGUGCCACUUCAUCCGGAGCAACCCCGACUGCCGGCUCGACGGGGGCUUCCUCGACUACCUCGAUGGGGUUUUCUGUGUCUUCCCGCCCCGGCUGCUGCCCCUGGCUGUCACCCUCUAUGCUCUCUGGCUCCUGUACCUGUUCAUCAUCCUCGGUGUGACAGCAGAGAAGUUCUUCUGCCCCAAUUUAUCAGCCAUCUCCACCAACCUGAAGCUGUCCCACAACGUGGCAGGUGUCACCUUCCUGGCCUUUGGGAAUGGGGCCCCUGAUGUCUUCAGUGCUGUGGUGGCUUUCUCUGACCCCCGGACAGCAGGGCUGGCCAUCGGGGCCGUCUUUGGUGCCGGUGUGUUUGUGACCACGGUGGUGGCCGGGGGCAUCGCCCUGGUCAAGCCCUUCACGGCCGCCUCCAGGCCCUUCCUCAGGGACGUCAUCUUCUACAUGGUGGCCGUCUUCCUCACCUUUGUGGUGCUCUACCUGGGCAGGAUCAGGCUGGGAGAGGCUCUGGGUUACCUGGGGCUCUACGUGUUCUACGUGCUCACCGUGGUGCUCUGCACCUGGAUCCACCGGCGGCAGCGCGGGGACGGGCUGGCCCCUCCCGGAGCCUGGGAGCCAGAGAUGCCGACAGAUGUGGAAGAGCCGGAGCCCUCGAGCACAAACAGCGGGGACUAUGGGGAGGAGUACCGGCCCCUGCUGCCCUCCCGGGAGAGCUCCCUGCGCAUCCUCGCCUCGGCCCUCAGCCCCCUGGACUACCGCAAGUGGAGGAGGAAGCCCUGGUACUGGCGGCUCUUCAAGGCCUUCAGGGUGCCCGUGGAGCUGGUGCUGCUGCUCACCGUUCCCGUUGUGGACCCCGACAAGGAUGACCUGAACUGGAAGAGACCCCUCAACUGCCUGCACAUCGUCACCAGCCCCCUGCUCUGCGUCCUCACCCUGAAAUCAGGCGCCUAUGGGCUCUACCAGAUCCAGGGCAUCUUCCCAGUCUGGGCACUGGUCACACUGGUUGCCUCUGCCCUGGCCCUCAUCAUCUUCAUCACCACAAGCAACGAGGAGCCACCCAAGUACCACUGUGUGUUUGCCUUCCUUGGGUUUUUGGCCAGUGCCAUGUGGAUCAACGCCGCGGCCACGGAGCUGGUGAACAUCCUGCGCACCCUGGGCAUCAUCUUCCAGCUCAGCAACACCGUGCUGGGCCUCACACUGCUGGCCUGGGGCAACAGCAUCGGGGACACCUUCUCCGACCUCACCAUGGCCCGGCAGGGCUAUCCCCGCAUGGCCUUCUCCGCCUGCUUCGGGGGCAUCAUCUUCAACAUCCUGGUCGGCGUGGGGCUGGGCUGCCUGCUGCAGAUGACCAGCAGCCAGCCGCUGGUGAAGCUGGAGCCCGACAGCCCCCUGGUGUGGGUGCUGGCCGGGGCGCUGGGGCUGAGCCUGGUGUUCUCCUUGGUGACGGUGCCGGCGCAGUGCUUCCAGCUGGGACAGCCCUACGGCGUCUGCCUCAUCGCCUCCUACCUGCUGUUCCUGUGCGUGGCCCUGCUCACCGAGUUCAGGGUCAUCCAUUUCUCCACCCCCUGAGCGGCUCCAGCCCCGGAGCUCGCUCUGCCUCCCACUGCAGCGGGGCCUGGCCGUGCCCUCCCUGUCCCUGCCAGGGGACAAGGGCACCUCCACCUCACCGUGCUGCUGGAGCUGCCAGCCAGCCCUCGGGCCCUGCUGUGCUCUGGGGAAGGAGCUCUCGGUGCCCACAUCCUCUCCUUUCAUCUGUAAUUUAGGGAACUCUGGGCAGGAGCAGCAUCAAAACCUUAGCUGUGUCAGGGGGCAGAGCAGGAGCAGGGGAUGGGGAAGCUCCAGCUCGGGGGCACAGCAGGGGAGGUUCUGCUCCUGAGCUCCCUGCCACGCUCUGGGACAGAGCUGGGGCAGUCGAGAGUGGGUUUUGCCUCCUCAGCUCACCUUCCCCCCCUGAGCUCCCUGCCACGCUCUGGGACAGAGCUGGGGCAGCACAGGGUGGCACUGCCACGGCCCAGGCACACAUCUGUCCUCAGGAAGGACUGUCCCUGUUGGCACCAUGGGCUGGAGCAGCAGACAGGGCACAGCCAGACAGGGUUAAGGGGACACAGUGCUCCAGGGAUGCACUGGGUUUAGUGCAAGCAAAGCCUGAGGGAAGAACAAACACCAAACCAAGGGAGGUUGGUUUUUCCCCUGCUUUUUUUAGUAAUGUUUUUCAACCUGAGUUUCAGAUCCUACUUUUCUCCUCCUCCUGGGGUGGGCAGAGCUGUAGGAAAGGACUUGGAGGUUUCCACACACAGUGUUGACCUCUGGCAGGACUAGAUUUAGGCACUGUAAAAAAUUGCAAUAAAAAAACAAACACCAACAGAAACCCAA